GGUUCCAGCAUCCUGCCCAGCAAAGAAGCCUUUGGCCAAAAUGAUUCCCGGAGGCUUAACUGAAGCCAGGCCUGCCACUCCAGAAAUCCAGGAGAUUGCUGAUAAGGUUAAACCACAGCUUGAAGAAAAAACAAAUGAGACUUAUGAAGAAUUUGAAGCUACAGAGUAUAAAAGUCAAGUAGUUGCUGGAACAAAUUUCUACAUUAAGGUACGAGUAGGUGAAAAUCGUUAUGUUCACUUGAAAGUAUUCAGAGGUCUUUCUAGAGAAAAUCAGGAUUUGGAACUUUCUGGUUACCAGACUGACAAACGCAAGGAGGAUGAGCUGACCGGCUUUUAGCAACAUGUUCCUGAAGUAUUCUGGUUCCUUCCACCGGCUACUGAGAAAUGAUCCUUUCUAGUAAAUAUAACCAAAAAUAAAGAAGUAUUGCUUUUCAAA